CGCCCCGAGCCUCGCCCGCGCCCGCAGCCCCGACAGCCGCGCCGGCAGCCAGCCAGCGGGAACAGCGCCGGGAGGGAUGUGGGGCGCCGGGAGGAAAGCAGGGGCGGCGAGCGCGACCCCCGCGCCGCUGUGAGCCCCCGGCUCCUCGCAGGCACAGAGAGAGGAGAUUAUAUACGUGCGUACGCCCGGACCCUGCGCAUAUACACGUAUAUAUACACCCGCCGAGGGCAGCGCCGCUUUUCUCCGCGGGAGCGGCCGCCGAGGCGCAGCCCUGAUGCCCGGCGGGGCGGCGGGGCCGCCGCUCGGGCGCACAGCUGCCCGCUAGAGGCGGCGGCCCCCGCGGGCUGGAUGCGCGGCGCCGGUGCGGGCGGCACCCCCGGGCCGGCCGCCGGGGCCCCGCGACGCUAGGGGCCGGCCGGGCCCCCCGCCCCGGGCCGGCGGCGGCGGCGGCGCGGGGAUGCUGGCGCUGGGGCAGAUGGACGGCGCGCCCCGGCAGGGCGCCUUCCUGCUGGGCAGCCCGCCGCUGGCCGCCCUGCACAGCAUGGCCGAGAUGAAGGCGCCGCUGUACCCCGCGUACCCCCUGCCCGCCGGGCCCGCCUCCUCCUCCUCCGCCUCCGCCUCGCCCGCCUCCGCCUCGCCCUCGCCGCCGCUCGGCUCCCCCGGCCUCAAGGCGCCCGCCGUCUCCGCCACCGCCGCGGGCGGGCUCUCGGCGCUGGGCUCGGCCCCGCCGCAGCUCUCGGCCGCCACCCCGCACGGCAUCAACGACAUCCUCAGCCGGCCCUCCAUGCCCCUGCCGGGCGCCGCGCUCGCCUCCGCCUCGCCCUCCGCCUCCUCGGCGGCGCCCGCCGGGCUGCUGGCCGGACUGCCCCGCUUCGGCAGCCUCAGCCCCCCGCCGCCGCCGCCGCCCGCCCUCUACUUCAGCCCCGGUGCCGCCGCCGCCGCCGCCGCCGUGGCCGCCGGGCGAUACCCCAAGCCGCUGGCCGAGCUGCCCGGCCGGACGCCCAUCUUCUGGCCGGGGGUGAUGCAGAGCCCGCCCUGGAGGGACGCCCGCCUCGCCUGCGCCCCCCAUCAAGGCUCAAUUUUGCUGGAUAAGGACGGAAAGAGAAAACAUACCAGACCCACUUUUUCUGGCCAGCAGAUUUUCGCUCUGGAAAAGACUUUCGAGCAGACGAAAUACCUGGCGGGCCCGGAGCGAGCCCGGCUGGCCUAUUCUCUGGGGAUGACGGAGAGCCAAGUCAAGGUCUGGUUCCAGAACCGGCGGACCAAGUGGCGGAAGAAGCACGCGGCCGAGAUGGCGACGGCGAAGAAGAAGCAGGACUCGGAGACGGAGCGGCUGAAGGGCGCCUCAGAGAACGAGGAGGAGGACGACGACUACAACAAGCCCCUGGACCCCAACUCGGACGACGAGAAGAUCACGCAGCUACUGAAGAAACACAAGCCGGGGGGCGGCGGGCUGCUGCUGCACCCCGCCGAGGGGGAGGCCUCCGCCUAGCGCGCUCCGCCCGCCGCCGCUUUCGGAGAUGUACAGAUCUAUUUUUCUAGACUCUACGAGCCCGGGAGGAGGAGGACGAGGAGGAGGAGGAGAGGCCGGAGGGGAAGCAGAGAGGACUGCGGCGGAGCGGGCCCCCAGCGGGCGCGCCCGUCCUCCGGCGCCGCGUGUUAUUGUAGGGUCGCGGGCGGCGGGGAGCGGCGGGGGCUGCCCCGGCCCGGGUCCCGCUCCCGGCGGUGCGGCGGCCGCCUGUUGACGGCUCUUUGUAAAUAAACCGUGAGUCACCGCGACCAUAGGCGUUCCUUACUGUGAAUAUUUAAAAUGUAAAAUACCUUCUUUUUUUGUACAGCGGGGGCCGGGGGCGCCGCCCCCCCGCCCGGUCCGCGCCGCCCCGCGCUCCCCGGCGCCGGGCGGUACCGGGGGGCACCCCCGGAGCCCCGAGACGGGCGGCAGCGGGGUUGCCGAGGAAAAAGCCGCCGUGGUUGCCACCGGCCCCUCCCUCGGGCCGAAACUGCAGCGGCCCCGCGUGCUAUUUAUUAGUAUUUUUAAAACCCUUUCAGUUGCGGUCGUCGUGCAGAAGGAGGGGGGAGAGGGCGAAGGGACAGAGUUUGCUUUCACUCACACCGUUUCCGAUCAACCGCGUGUUGAAAAAGUAGCUGGUGGGAAUUGUCACAACCACUUUCAGUCAAAAUAUAAAAUUCAUUUAGUUGCUGUAAUUGAAUUUAAAGUGUGUUUUCUUUUGUAUCAUAUGGAAUACUAUAGAAUGUAAAUUGUUUUCUUUUUUUUUAAGCUAAUAACGAUGAUAUAUCGUGAUAUAGCAUCUUAACAUUUAUUAAUUUAUAUUAAAAAUAAUUCGGUUUGUAAAGAGAAGAAAAGCCCUUUGCAAGACCAGUUAAAUGUAAUGCACUUUCUGUUUAAAAAAACGAUAAAUCAAUUAAACCAGUUUAAAGACGUCUGCUGCCUUCACUAAAGGGUACAGAUAAUCUGAUCUCAUCAGAGAUUAAAUAAUGAAACCACGGUACAGGAGGAGAAAAAAAAAAAGGAGAUAAUUUUCAGGAUCUUUUGUUCAAUCUCUGUAGUAGGUUUUUUUUUUACUUUUUUUUUUUUUUAAACGAUGGAAGUUGUUCACUUUGUUGUGGGAGUUGAAGAAGGAUACAAAUAAAAUAAGCGGCGGCUUCUUUGGGGACAGGGCUGGCGGCUCCUGCCCGCGCCGGUCCCUCCGUGAACGGGGAGGCAGAGUUUCCACCCGGCCCCCGGAGCGGUUCGCCUCAGCCUAAAUUAGGCUGUAUUAACUUUUUAAGCGGCGGGCGAUGCAAGAUGUUAUCGAGGGCAGAGUGUUACCAUUAUUAUAGGAAAGAAACUGUUUUCCAAGAAGAAAACGGCGAAUAAAAUAAGAGCCUGGCUAAGGGUCUAGAGUAAAUAGUUAGACCCAAUACCGAAACAACUGGCUUAAAUUGAAACUCGUUAUCUAGACACGAUCAUUUCCAUAUCUAAACAGACCAGAAACAAUCGCUUUUUUUCACGGCUGCAGCAGACCAAACAGAAGCGUUGACAUGACAGAGAAAAGGGCCAACUAUUCUGGAGGAAAAAAUAAAUAAAUUGGUAUUCUUCCGUAAA